GCCAUCUCUACACUGAUCAUGUUUUCUGCGUUUGGACUUGCCAUUCCCAUCUCAGCCACGGAGCUUCUCCUGGCCUCCGCCAUCUUCUGCCUGGUAUUCUGGGUGAUCAGGGCCCGGCAGCCUCAGGUUCCCAAAGGCCUGAAGAGUCCACCGGGGCCCUGGGGCUGGCCCAUACUCGGGAACAUGCUGAUCUUGAGGAAGAACCCACAUCUGGCACUAUCACGGCUGAGCCAGUGUUAUGGGGACGUGCUGGAGAUCCGCAUUGGCUGCACACCUGUGCUGGUGCUCAGUGGCCUGGACACCAUCUGGCAAGCCCUGGUGCGGCAGGGUGAUGAUUUCAAGGGCCGGCCUGACUUCUACAGCUUCACCCUGAUCUCUGAGGGUCAGAGCAUGACCUUCUCCCCAGACUCUGGACCAGCGUGGGCUGUCCGCCGGCGCCUAGCCCAAAAUGCCCUAAAGAGUUUCUCCAUCGCUUCAGACCCGGCUUCCUUAUCCUCCUGUUACCUAGAGGAACAUGUGAGCAAAGAGGCUGAGUACCUCAUCAACAAGUUCCAGGAGCUGAUGGCAAGUGUUGGACACUUUGACCCCUACAGGUAUGUAGUGGUGUCAGUGGCCAAUGUCAUAUGUGCCAUGUGUUUUGGUCAGCGCUAUGAACAUGAAGACCAAGAGCUACUUAGCGUAGUCAACCUGAAUAAUGAGUUUGGGGCGAUAGCUGCCUCUGGGAAUCCAACCGACUUCUUCCCUAUCCUUCGUUACCUGCCCAACCGGGCCCUGAAAAUCUUCAAAGACACAAAUAAGAAGUUGAACAUCUUCAUUCGGAAGAUGAUUAAGGAACACUAUAAAACGUUUGAAAAGGGCCAUAUUCGAGACAUCACAGACAACUUGAUCAACUACUGUCAGGAGAAGAGCCUGGAUGAGAAUGCCAAUAUCCAGCCGUCGGAUGAGAAAAUCGUUAAUGUUGUCUUGGACCUCUUUGGAGCUGCGUUUGACACAGUCACCACUGCCAUCUCCUGGAGCCUUCUGUACUUGGUGACAAACCCCAGUGUUCAGAAAAAGAUCCAGGAGGAGCUGGACACAGUGAUUGGCAGAGCACGGCAGCCCCAGCUCUCUGACAAACCCCAGCUGCCCUAUAUGGAGGCCUUCAUCCUGGAGACCUUCCGACACUCCUCCUUCAUCCCCUUCACCAUCCCCCACUGUGCAAUAAGAGACACAAGUCUGAAUGGCUUUUACAUACCCAAGGGGCGUUGCAUCUUUGUGAACCAGUGGCAGAUCAACCAUGACCAGAAGCUAUGGGGUGACCCUUUUGAGUUCCGGCCAGAACGGUUUCUCACCCUCAGUGGCACUAUCAACAAGGCAUUGAGUGAGAAGGUGAUUCUUUUUGGCUUGGGCAAGCGGAAGUGCAUUGGUGAGACCAUUGCCCGCUUCGAGGUCUUUCUCUUCCUGGCCAUCCUGCUGCAGCAGUUAGAAUUCAGCAUACUGCCGGGUGUGAAGGUAGACAUGACCCCCAUCUACGGACUGAGCAUGAAGUACGCCCGCUGCGAGCACUUUCAGGUGCAGAUGCGCUCUUUGGGGGCUGAGAGUCCUGCAGCCUAGACUCUGUCUUCCUGGCCUGGUUGCCCAGACAGGCCAGAGGUCUGGCCCAGGGAAUCUAAGCUUUGGCCUGAAAUUCACAGAUGUUGAUUUGACUGAUUUUUUGCUAUCUUGCUGCAGGCAAACCUGAGGGAUCAUGCCUGCCCCCAACCCUGGACAUUUCCUUCUGCAUAUUGAAUGCAGACAGUGGAUAUUGCAGGGGCCACAAAGGAGCUGAUACAGCCUUCCCAACUAAUGCUUGAGCUAGGUGAUAUUGUAGGUA